AUGCUUGCGAGCAGACGCUCAGCCAAACGCUCAGUCAAUAAACUGUCCCCGGUGGGUACUGCGAUCAGCUCAUUCCUCUUCCUUGCCUUUCCAGAACCUGGAGUCCGUAGCUACGCAACUGUAAACUCCACCAACAACAGCAAGUACGACUGGCCACCCAAUGCCUCCCCAACCCCUUACCAAAUCUUCAACUGCAAGCAGGGUGCCCCAUACUCAAAAGCUCGCUUCUACGAACUUGUCAAACUCUACCACCCAGACCACUUUCGGCAUCGCCCCGGCGAAGGCCCAGACAUAUCGGAGCCCAUCCGGCUAGAACGCUUCCGCUUGAUCGUCGCUGCAAACGCCAUCCUCUCCGACCCAGUUAAGCGAGCAAACUACGACUACAGUGGCGCCGGGUGGAAUCUUACCUCGGUAUGGGAGACCACCAGCACCAAUGCCAGCCAGCGAAGGUGGUGGACAGAGCGGGAAGGCCACGGCAGCUUCGCCAGGCAGCACUACGGGAAAGGCGGCCCUAACGACCCUGCCCAGAACGCAACAUGGGAGGACUGGGAACGCUGGCGCCAGCGUCGGGCGCAUCCCGGGACCGGUGGGGGAGGAGAGCAUCAAGGCCCGUUAUACACCUCCAACGGAACGUUCGUUACGGUGGUGUUCAUACUAGCGUCUGGUGGCGCACUGAUGAAUAUCUCGCGGGCGAAUGCUAAUGGGCACAAUUUUCUGGAGCAGAGGGAGAUUAGGCAUGCGGAGAUUAGUCGUGAGUGGGCGAGAAGGAAGAGGGAGGUUGCUGUUUUGGGGUCGAAGGAGGAAAGGGUGCAGACGUUUUUGAAGAAUAGGGACCCAGUUAGGUAUGGGAUUGUUGGCCCAGGGGGGGGAGGAUGAGGAGUUUGGGGUUGUAUAGGGAGGUUAGUGGGGAGAAGGAGAUGUAUAUGGUAUAUGGGGGAGGGAUGGACUCGCUUCGGGUCGGUGUCACACAUGUCUUUCUUUUGGGCUUGGUGGUUAGGCUGGUUCUAACUGCUGUCUCUUGGCGCUAUGGGGGUUUCCAGUCUCCUUUUGACAUUCUUUACUUUCUUUACUUUCCCUUGGAGAACAUGGAUGUGGGAGAGAUGCGCUGCUGUGCUCGUACCAUUGCAAGCCCAUGAUACCGCGCCCGUGGUGGUGUUGGGAACGAUCGGUAAUAGAUUGUACCAGUACGAGUACAACUUUACCUUAUCCGAGCACGGGUGGCCAUGAGAUUGUGAUCCAGGGCCUCAAUCAGCGGGUGCUAGCAAUCCCGUCACUGGG